UACCCCUGGUUUUGUUGCUCAAGUUCAGUAAACCCUAGUUUUGCGCCCUCCCGCAGUCGAUCGACUAGCGCGAGCGCACCUGACGUUGUCAAGAUGCAGUGCUUCAUUUGUGUGACGUACAUGUUUUUCAUCUGCAGCGCCUACCCGCGCCGCGAUGUCAAGCCAGAGCAGCGAUCUCUCUUCCAUGAUGUCAUCGAGUCUCUAAAGAUCAGAGCCCAGCUCCCCGAAGACACUAAUCGCAAUGAUGAAAACAAUCUCGGUCAAAUCUACGAAAGAUAUGGAUACGAAAACGAGGAUAUACAUCUUCCUAAUGACGCCGAAUUCAUACCCAGAAGGAACGACAGAAUCGCAUUGCCAUCCAUGAAGUACAGGCUUCCUAAAAGUUUAACUGUCAAUGAAACAAGCCCCAUUGAAAAAUCCAAGGACAAUGAUCUCAAUGAAAAACCUAAACAAGAAGAAAUAGUCAUCUUUAUAAGCACAUCUGAACCACCUAAAACAACUACGCAGAAGAAUAAAAGAAAGCCAUCCAAACCCGGUAAAGAGAAAUUUCCAAAUCUGGGAUCAGUAGUUGACGAUGGAAACAAAAGUCUCAAAGUGCCCAUAGUUAACACAAUGGCUGAUGAAAGUCACAUAGGAAAUAAAGAUUAUCACAUGGUCGUUACGCCAAAUAUUGUUGUAAACUUUCGCACCAAUGAAAAUUAUAAACAAGGAACUGUACGAAUAGAAGAUGGCAAGAACGUAAGCAGCAUUGUUCCUGAGAUAGUACCUCAGAACGUUUUCAAUAUACACCAAGAAGUUAAAUUAGAGAAAGGGAUAAUGGAUGCAGAGUUUAGGAAAGGUGAAACGGAGACGAAGAAAGUUAAGCAAGACAUAAAAGUGGUUGCCAGAGAUGUGAAACCGAAAAUAGAAGAGGACAUGAUGAUGUGUGAGACAGCGACUGUUAAUCCGGAUGAUGAUGAUCGCAGCGGACGUUCAUUUAAGAAUGUAUUUCAAAUUUUGUUUUCAAUCUAAA